UCCGGUGUGCAGGUUCUUUCGGAGCCUUGGCCCGCACGGUGCGCAGCGUGUGCGGUGUGUGAGCGCAGGGAACUUCACACACAUCUGUCAGAUAAAACCUUAUUUCAAGAUGCCGCCGAAGAAGACAGGAGACGGACCAAAACCGCCCCCUCUCAUCGGACGAUUCGGGACGUCGCUUAAGAUCGGGAUUGUCGGGUUACCGAAUGUGGGCAAGUCAACGUUCUUCAACGUGCUGACAAAGAGCCAGGCAGCAGCAGAGAAUUUCCCCUUCUGCACCAUCGACCCCAACGAGAGUCGUGUUCCCAUUCCGGACGAGCGCUACGACUUCCUCUGCCAGUACCACAAGCCUGCCAGGCUGCAACACCACACACUCCUCCAGCCUUCAGAGUCUUCAUGCCCCAGUAAAGUGCCAGCUUUCCUCAGUGUGGUGGACAUUGCCGGCCUGGUGAAGGGGGCACACGCUGGGCAGGGACUGGGCAACGCCUUCCUCUCUCACAUCAGCGCCUGCGACGGCAUCUUCCACAUGACGCGAGCGUUUGAGGAUGAAGACAUCAUCCACGUGGAGGGAUGUGUUGACCCGGUCCGGGACAUUGAGAUUAUUCACGAGGAGCUCAGGAUGAAGGAUGAGGAGAUGAUCGGGCCAAUCAUAGACAAGCUGGAGAAAACCGCUGUGAGGGGCGGAGACAAGAAACUCAAACCUGAAUAUGACAUUAUGUGUAAAAUAAAGUCCUGGGUGAUUGAUGAGAAGAAACACGUGCGCUACUACCAUGAGUGGAACGACAAAGAGAUUGAGGUGUUGAACAAAUAUCUGUUCCUGACAUCCAAGCCAAUGAUCUACCUGGUGAAUCUCUCCGAAAAAGAUUACAUCAGGAAAAAGAACAAAUGGUUGGUGAAGAUCAAGGAGUGGGUGGAUGGCCACGACCCCGGCGCUCUGGUCAUCCCUUUUAGCGGAGGCUUCGAGAGCAAGUACCAGGACAUGAGCGACGAGGAGAAACAGAAGUUCUGUGAGGAAAAUAAAACCCAGAGUGUGUUGACUAAGAUCAUAAAGAGUGGCUACUCAGCCCUGCAGCUGGAGUAUUUCUUCACUUCUGGACCUGAUGAAGUACGCGCGUGGACCAUCAGGAAAGGCACAAAGGCACCACAGGCGGCCGGCAAAAUCCACACAGACUUUGAGAAAGGCUUCAUCAUGGCGGAGGUCAUGAAGUACGUGGAUUUCAAGGAGGAAGGCACUGAAGCGGCUGUUAAGGCUGCAGGAAAGUACAGACAACAGGGAAGGAACUACAUUGUGGAGGAUGGUGACAUCAUUUUCUUCAAAUUCAACACACCCAAUCAGCCGAAGAAGAAAUGAUGUCAUUGUUAAAGCCUUCAAAGAUUGGAUGGACUGUACCAAGUGGGAUGGGGGUGGGGGAGAGGGAUGAUAUUCUGCAGAUGUGAGGAAUUACCCCUGAACUUUUUUUCAUUUUUGGCCUUGGAGUAUUUAAGGUGCGCCCCGUUUUUCUGUUUUAUUUGGGAGCUUUUAUAGCCGAGUUGUGCAUUGCGGCUUGUCUUCGCACACUUGAAUGCUGCAUGCCAUGCAGCAAGAGCAGAAACCCACAGCUAAUAAACUUCUCCAGCUGAGAUGGAAAAUGUAUGGAUGUGAAUUCCUGAAAUGUGAUGGGCUUCUGAUUUUAAGGAUGCAGUGUUCUGUUUUAAUGUCGUAUGGUUUGACUGUUUUGGACUGUAGCAAGAUUGAAAUUAUGAAAGCCUGGUUGCUUUAAAGCAAGUAAAAGCUACCACUCUGUACACACCGGUACACCUCUGCAGAAAUAUGUUCACCACUGGGAUUUGUGCAGAUGAUGAAAUAAACCGCUGUCGUGCCACGUA